AUGGCCGAUGAAUCCUUAUCAUGGGCAUUUGGUAGAAGAUGCAAGUCAGGAAAUCAGGAAAAUGCACUGAUUGGCCAUCGCCGUCUGUCGGAAUCGAAUCUAAAUGGUCCUUUAUGUGAAAACACAAUUUUAUCGCUAAAAUCGAUGGGAAAUGCUUGUAGUCGCGAUCGAAGGUGGCAAAGUGAAGCAGACACUGUGAAUCCUUAUCCUGAAGUUGAAGCAAAUGCUAUCGAUGAUGAACUUUCCGAGGGUGUAUUAACGAAAAUAUGGUCAGUGCGUGGUUUUGGUCAGGCUUGGCACUGGCUUCAUGAAAAACGCAAAGUAGAAAGUAUGCCGCUCAACGCAUAUCUAACAUAUAUAACAUUACCUUGGUCGGCAAUCUUAGAUGAUUUGUUGCCAGAACGACCUCGUCGAUCCAUUCUUACAUUUGAUUUAAAUGCUCCCGAUAUGAAGAAUGCAAGAGAGGGAUGA